UACGUGACACAAACUAUAUAUUUUCUGUACUGGCAAUGAACGUUGGAACGCAGCUGGAUGAACAUCGAAUGCGUUCCGAAACUUAGCUAGAAAAUUUAUUUAAAUUUUCCAAGCUGCAGUUGACUAACCACUUUAGUAACCUUACAAGAUUCCGAUUAAGGCCCGAACGAAAAUUGCGACGAAAAUUAGACGAAAAAUUGCGUUCCACAACUGCCAUAACCAUGGUUAACGUUGAUUCCUCACAGUUAAAGUUAAACCCAAAACUUUGGGCGUUCAAUGAAUUUAAACGAAGCUUAACACUGCAGCACCAUCAAUUUGAGAAACAAAUUUACGACUAUCCCGGUUUUGGAGUUCAGUUGACAAAUAUUUUGAACGUUUGAACGCCAAAAAGAUAUGGCUUUAGAAUACAUAUUAUCUUCAUCUAAAGAUGAAGAUUUUGAAAACUUUAUUUAUCGACGGACAAGAAAUAUAAGAAUAAGACGACCAUCAUAUUUGGAAGAAUUUGAUAAUGUCGAUUUUCAUGCACGAUUUAGAUUAUCAAAAGAAUCUGUUAUUGCAGUUCUAGCAGAAAUUGAGCAUGAAAUUUCUCAUAAAACAGAACACAACAACCAAUCUUCUUCAACUUCAAUAGAUGGCUCUGUGCAUACAAUAGAUGCUCCAACGCCACUCACAAAAUGUUUGCGAGCAACAACCAAUCAUACUCUACGUUUGAAAAGAAAGAGAAGUCUUUAACAGUUUCUUCAUAUAGACUAUGGCCCAUAUUCAGAACACGCUUGUAACUAUGUCAGCGCGCUGUUAACCAAUGAAAAGCCACACAUUAUGCUUUCUGAUUAUUUAACAGCUCAUUAACAUGGUUAUAAGCAUAUUCUGAAUAUGGGUCUAUAGGUUUAAGUAAACUACAGUUAAAAACACAUGUGGAACGCGAUAUAAGUUUAAUCAUGCCGUUAAAUGUAACGUCAGUUCAAGUAAUCACGGUUUAAACUUGAUUUUGUGAAACUGGACCUAAAACUGCUGUUACCCAUUUCUACCAACUGUGGUUAACUUAACCGGUUGGUUACUCCAACGGUAUUGACCAGUCACAUUUGUCGUUAACUAGAAUUAUUAAAUGCGAUUGGUCCAUUCCGAUGGAAUAACCAGUCGGUUAAAUUAACCACGGUUGGUAGAAAUGGACAUGUGAGAAGAAAUAAAGAAUGAGGAACAAAGCAGCAACUUUAAUUGGAAUCUUGCAAGGUUGGUUAACGGGGGGAUUUCUAGUUCGACAUAGCACGUUUAGGCACAACCAAUCAUUGUAAAGCUUUAUCUGGUGAAUUACUAGAUCCAACCAAUCAUUUUGUAUCGAAUUAAUGCACAUCUGUCAGCUGCAGUUUGGUAAAAGUGGCUCUUAUUUGAAUCAAUUUGAAAAAUUUCUAGUAAUUUAGUAGCUGGUGAAUUAAUUAUGUAUAUAAUUUGCACCUAAAAUAAGCAUAAGCUUGCAAAUUAAAGUAUCACAGAGAGAACAAAUUAAUAAAGAUGAGAGCUGGAAAGAAAUGCAAUUGAAAUUAACUAACCUUCGAUUUUCCUCCCGCUAAAAGCAGGGCGAAGAGAACAACAAUACUUUUCAACAUACGUGUCAGAUAUCGUGUUGAGUGAACUUUAUCUAAUCAAUUCCUCGAAGUCUACUUUGAUCUAUCUUGAUUAUUUCUUUAUUCAAUAUACAAUUAUUAUCUGCUUUGACGACAAUCCACCUGCCGAAGAAUCGGAAAGAGCGGCAGAUAUAAUCUCGAAGAAGAUAAACUUGGUAACGAUGAAUUUCGCAGAGACGAACAGCGAAAGGUACUCAUCACCUGAUGGUAAAAUGAAGAUUCAUCUUGCAUACGGUGCCACUUUAAUCGUUAUUUUUGCUCUUUCCGUACACGAAGCAACCAAGAACAAAGUGGACAUGCCGUUGAUCGUGAUAUUUCUCGUGACAUCUGUAUUCAUUAUCAUUUUUGUUAUUUGUGAUAUAAUACUGUGUUUGUGCCAAAUACUAAUCUCAUUUAUUUACGUGAAUCAAUCGUCUGGCGAAAAUCUUACGUCGAUACUGAACCAUUACCUCAUCCCAAAUACUGCAUCAAUGGUGGUCAUUAUCUGUGCUACAUUGUUGGUUCUGGGACAGAUCAUCACUUCACGAAAAUACCCAUUAUAUUAUGUGUGGGAUUAUGGACCUCAUAUGUGCACAUUAUGUAUGACAUUUUCUUUCUUGUUAUUAAGAUGGACAACUUCUAAAUGGGAAACAAGUCGACUAUCGACUUUCAGUUUCAGUGAUCUGAAUGGUUUGGAUUAUGGCACUGGUAUGGCAUACAGCUAUUAUUACGGUUAUUUGCGACUGGUACUACCAUCCACUGGUACUUCCAGCAAGGGUAUAGUGGAAAAAAUUGAAAAUUUCGAAGAUAAGCAUGGCAUUACUUUCCCAGUGCAUAAGCUGUUUAUUUUAAUACCAUCAUCAGGAUAUAUUCCUCCUGAUUUAAAAGAGGUAUCUGAUCAGUGGAUGGAGAGUGCACAAGAACUUGAAGAAGAGAUACGUAACCGGGCUGGUAUCGUAGGCAGAACAUAUCGCAACAAUGUAUACAAAAUAUAUCCUGGUGGACAAAAAUCAGGUGUUGAUCCAGUAUAUGUAGUAGUAGAAGGUGCUACACCUUUGUUAACAUUCUAUGAGAUACAAAAACAUAAUCAUUCAGAAACUGCUGUAUGUAGGCAAUUUAGACAAGAGAUUAUCUCUAGUUUCCAUACAAAAUUGCACAGUGUCUUACAGAAUGAAUUUGAUACAAAAAAUUUAUGUGAAAUAAUUUAUUAUGAUGAUUAUAAUUCAGAUCCAGGAACUAAAAUUAAUAUUGCAAAGUUAAUUUUAGAAAGAGUAUCUAAAAUAAAAUAUUCCACAUAAGUAACAAAAUAAGUCAAUGAAAGUAUGUAAGAAGAAUGUGUCCUGUGAUACAAAG